AUGGAUCCCUCCCAGGUCAAGAUCCCGCCGUUGAUGGACCUGACCAUCGACAACAUCACCGAGAAUGUCAACCUGAUCAACUCGGCCAACCCGGACCCGCGGUUCAAGUACGUCCUCGAACGGCUGGUGGUGCACCUGCAUGAAUUUGCGCGGGAGACCCGGUUGAGUACGCAGGAGUGGAUGGCGGGCAUCCAAUUCCUCACGAAGACGGGACACAUUUGCACCGAUGAAUUCAUCCUCCUCUCCGACAUCCUCGGCCUCUCCCUCCUGGUCGACAGUAUCGACCACCCCAAACCCGCGGGGUCGACCGAGGGUACGGUGCUGGGGCCCUUCCAUACGCACGAGGCCGAGACCCUGGAGCACGGCAGCGUCAUGUCGCACGACGCCAACGGCGAGCCGCUGCUGGUGCUGUGCACGGUGAAAGAUGUGGCGGGCAAGCCCAUCGAGGGCGUCAAGAUCGACAUCUGGGAGACCGACUCGUCAGGCAAAUACGACGUCCAGCACCCCGACCGCGACGGGCCGGACGGCCGCUGCAUCAUGACCAGCGACGCGCAGGGCAUCUUCUGGUUCAACGCCAUCGUGCCCGUGCCGUACCCGAUCCCGCACGACGGGCCCGUGGGCCAGCUGUUGAAGAAGCUGGGUCGACAUCCCAUGCGGCCAGCGCACAUGCACUUUAUGUUUGAGAAGGAAGGGUUUGAUCAUUUGAUAACGGCCCUAUACCUAAAAAACGACCCGUACGAGACGUCGGACGCGGUGUUCGGGGUCAAGAACUCGCUGAUCGUCGAGCUGGGCAAGUGCGACGCCGCGGUCGCCCAGAAGUACGGCGUCAAGGAGGGCACGGCGCUGCUGACGUACGACUUCGUGCUGGUCACGGACCAGGAGAGCGCCGAGCUGCGGGCGCAGAACUCGCAACGCGCCCUCGAGCGGUUGGGUCGCCGCGUCAAGAUCGUCCAGGGCUUGCCCGUGCCGGACGUCGAUUAG